AUGUUUAGAUCCUCGAUUCUUCAAGCAAGAUUGCGAAUUUCAACAAAUGUGGUUAGUCGAACAACAGCUUUGAAACUGGUUCCUUUGAACACCAGAGGUCAAUUUAGACGUUAUAAAUCUACAGAGCCACAAAUAAAUGAGAUUCAGAAUAGUCUGCCUUCAAUUGAUGACUUAUCUCAAACUUCAUCAACUAUAUUGGAUCAGGUUUCCUCACUUCCCGGCGAAUUAUCGAAUCAAAUUGGUUAUUUAAAUAGUAUAGGUUUGGCACAGACAUGGCAUUGGCCGGCUGAUAUCAUUCAACAUUGUUUGGAGUACACUCAUGUUUACACUGGAAUGCCAUGGUGGGGCACUAUAUGUACGGUAACCGUACUUAUAAGACUCUUACUGUUCCCACUGUAUGUAAAAUCAUCUGAUACAGUGGCAAGAAAUUCUAAAAUAAAGCCAGAAUUAGAUAAAAUUACAAAAGACCUGAUGGAGACUACAGACUUGGCCAAAGGUCAAAUGAUUGCAUUGAAAAGAAAGAAACUAUUGAGUGAUAAUGGGGUAAAAACCAGAUGGUUAUUCGCUCCCAUACUACAAAUGCCUAUUGCUCUUGGCUUUUUCAAUGGUUUGAGAAAUAUGGCUAACUUCCCCGUGGAUGGAUUUGGUGACCAAGGUGCCUUCUGGUUUCAAAAUCUUUCGAUGGCAGAUCCUUAUCUUGGGUUGCAACUCAUAACGGCAGCUGUCUUCAUGGGAUUCACAAGACUCGGAGGUGAAACUGGUGCACAGCAGUUUUCUGGUCCAAUGAAACGAGUGUUUGUCAUUUUACCUUUGUUAUCAAUUCCUGCUACUAUGAAAUUAUCGUCAGCUGUAGUAUUAUAUUUUGCAGUCAACGGGUUUUGUUCAGUCGUACAGACUCUAAUUCUGAGAAAUAAAUGGAUUCGAUCAAAGUUAAAAAUCUUUGAAGUCGUAAAACAACCAAUAUCAAUAUCUGUGGAAAAUAAAGGUAUUAUGGCCACUCUAAAAGAAAAUGCUGCAAAUGCUAAGGCACAAUCAAGAAGAAAGCAAGAAAUGUAUGCUAAACAGAAAAAGCUUCAGGACGAAAUCAAACAAAGAAAGGAUGAUGCUAAAAUAAGAAUAGUGCGUAGAUCUGAAUUGAAAGACUAA